AUGUUCUCAAAAGAUGCAUCAUUUGCACACUUCUUCAACAAUUGCAGCCCAGCUUUGUGUUCUGAUCCUGCCAUAUAUGGCAUACCUGAGCGUUGUUCGUGUCGCCCGGACUGCUACCUCUAUAAUGAAUGUUGUUCUGACAUGGAUCAGAACACCACUUCUGAUCACAAACAACCCUAUCCUUCAAUAUAUUAUAGUUGUAGAAAGGUUGAUGACUCUUAUUAUUAUCAGUUUGAUCGUUGUCCACCUAACCAUGAUGUUACAGAGUAUGUGAACAACUGUGAAAAUCCCGACUCAGAUGACCAACUGCAAUCCAUUCCUGCUUUUGGUAAAACAAGUAAAAAACUAUAUAAGAACCUAUAUUGCGUUCUCUGUCAUGGAGAGGAAUUCAUUCUUUGGAAUCUUUUAUAUAAAUGCAGUUCCUUCCUUUCUCCAAGCAUUGAAAAUAUAUCAAAUUACGUCAAGGAUGGAACAUGUGUACCAACUGUGACGCUUCCUUCAGAAGAUCUGGAUAAAUAUUUGUAUUCCUGUAUUCCAUAUAUUUCGAAUUGUCCUCAGGAUAACAAUAACACAGAACAAAGAAUGGCGUGUGAAACUGAGCCCAUGGCAUUAAUAUAUUUAAAUCAAGAACAUUUAAAUCAAUACAAAAACAAACCUUGUGCUACAUGUAACGGGAUUUUUGAAGUUCCGUGUGAAGUAGAAUACAAAAUAUAUCCUUCAGUAGGUUCAUUUAUACCACUUACAAUCCUCUUCAAUUAUCAUACAAAAUCCAUAACGAUAACGGGUGAACACAUCGGAACGGAACAUACGCUUCUGCAGUUACCAUCGUGUCCAAAACACGCAGUCUACGAUAUGAAUACUAAGGAAUGUCGACAAGUUAUGUACCAUCCUCCACUAAAGUGUACAACAACAAGAUUAAAUGAAUCUGAGUAUUACAUUACUAGUGAUGGUCAUCUCUACUUAAAUAAUACCCAACGUUUGCUGAACCAAUCAGAAUUCACUCGUGAUUCUCAAGGUACAAGUAUCUGUGUAAACAAUGGUACCAAUAAUAUAUCAAAUAUCAAUGGUGUAUCAAAAUAUUCCGUAGCUGGGAGCUAUAUCACAUUAGUGGGACUCGUAAUCUCUAUUCCAGCUCUGGCAAUCACUAUUAUAGUCUAUCUCUGUAUACCUGAUCUUCGUACCUUACCAGGUAAAUUACUCAUUAGUCUUUUAUCAGCACUGUUUGUAGGUGAGCUUCUCUUUCUUAUCUCAUCACAAGUCACUAAAUUUACAGUGCUGUGUAAAUCUUUGGCUAUUAUCAUGCAUUAUUCCUUUUUAACAACUUUCUUCUGGAUGAAUGUCAUGUCAUUUGAUGCCUGGCACACUUUCUCGGGAUUCACACAGCUUCGGAGUAAAGGCAAAGGCACCAAGAGACUUGUAUUGUAUUCCUUGUAUGCUUGGAUCUGUCCACUUGUAAUAGUAACAGUAUCACUGAUAUUUGAGUACACACCUGGAAAUCAUGGACUUUCUCCAGAAUAUGGAAGUAGUAUUUGCUGGAUUACAAAUGGAAAAAGUCUACUAUGGUUUUUUGCAAUCCCCGUAAUGUUUAUUAUAUGUCUUAAUAUAAUAGCAUUUAUCCUUACCGCUAGAGGGCUCUAUUUGAGCAGUAAACUUUCUUCGAAAUAUUUGUCAAAACGUAAUAAUGAUGAGUUCAUCGUUUGCAUAAAACUAUUCUUUAUCAUGGGACUUACAUGGGCAUCCGCAUUUCUGUAUACGUUUACAAGAAUUGAAGAAUUUUCUCUGUUAUUUUGCAUUUUAAAUUCAUUCGUUGGAAUAUUUAUUUGCGUAUCGUUUCUAUCAACAAAGACUAUUCGUCGCAGUAUUCUGCGGAAUUUGCAAACAAUUAUAAAAUUGCCCGCAAAAGAGUCUGUUGAUGUGACUUCUGCUCGUGUAACACAAUCAACGGAUGUACCUACAAUCAACUCUGCCGUUAAGCGAAACUUGUAUGAAUUUAACCAGUGUGGAAUGUCGUCACUUGAAAGGCCAGAAACUGUUGCGAAUCCUUCCACAAAGCCUUGAAAGAUGGAAGUAAUGAACAGCAACUUAUAUACUAAAUCUGAAUAUAUGGCAGGAUGGCCUUUGACCGUAAAUGAGCUGAUGUCAAAUAAGUGGAACAAUUAACAACAGUUUUGACUGAAAAUCUUUAGAUACCAAUUCGAAA